AUGUCUUUCCUUGCUACAUUUUUCAACAAAUCAGCGCAGCCACAGCGUUACAAGCUGCUCGCUCGUCUAACUGCCCACAGUGGCUCUGUCUAUGCACUUGCGAUCUCUAAUGAUGGGCACCUACUUGCAUGCGCAGGUACCGAGGGCAUCAAACUCUGGGAUAUAAAAUCUCGGAAAGAACUCACAUCUUCGUCUCAUCAUCAUGAAUCCCAGGGAACAGUCAGUUGUGCAAUCUGGACCACGACCAGGAAAACCGCGGCAGAAACCCUCUGUUACGGAACAGGCCUGGGUUACAUCAUAUUUUUGCGACGCAGUCUCACGAAUCAGAAAACAUUCCAGGAGAUUUGCGCCAGGAGACUUGGAUCAGGUUUUGAGAUUACAUGCUUGUCCUGGCAUUCGACUUCCUCCGAAGGCAACCUACGGAUUGCUGUGUGGACGAGAGACAAGAUGGUUCAGGUUCUGACGCUCAACACAAGCUCGCAGCUCCAGUCCGUCUUCGCAGUGCGACUUGAAAAUAUGGUACCCAAGUCUGUGGCAUUCGCAGAUAACCGAGAUAUCUAUGUCUUCGGGCUCUACGACGGCAACUUCAUAAAACUGAAGAAUGAAGAUGGGGUCGUAUUGCAGGAAACGAGCUGCAAAUCAGUGAUUGGUCACGCUGCGGUGCACUCAAAGCGGGGCGUUUUCGUCGUGGAUAAUGCGACGGACAGCUUUACAUUGUAUCGCCUUGAAGGCGAUGGUGAGCCUGUUCGAACGUUCGCAACUGCUGUGCCAAGCAUGUCGGUCCCCAAGCAAGUGGCAUUUGGGGAAGAAGGAAAGGUAGUUGUGGGGGGAAGUGACAAUGGAUUGGUAUAUGUGUUCGAUCGGAAGACAGGGCAGAUACUUGAAACCCUCCACCACGGAGACACAGACGCUGGCCUUGUGCAAACAAUAUCCGUAAGCGUUAAGACUGAUCGGAAAGAAUGUUACUGA